UUCAUCCACUUUUCCUCUGUCUUCUCAACAGUGAAAAUGGCCGAAGCAUUAGUCACUAUUGCUGCUGAGGGGAUCCUGAAAAAGGUGUUGUCUAUUGCUGCCGGCGAACUCGCCAUCGCUUGGGGUUACAAAGAAAUACUGAGCAGCCUUCACAGUAAAUUGGAGAUGGUUCGUGCCAAGUUGCUCGAUGCGGAGGGAAAAAAGGAAACAAGGGCUGUAAUGGUGUGGCUGAAGCAGCUAAAAGAUGUUGUGGGUGAAGCUGAUGAUGUGUUGGAUGAGAUUGAUUACGAAAUGUUGAGGCGUAAAAUAAAGAAACAAGAUCGGAUGACAAGAAAGGUAGUGUGCCUUCCAAGCUUGAAAAAGUUUUCAUUUCGUUAUAAAAUAGGCCAUAAAAUCCAAAACAUCAAUGAAAAGUUGCUUAAGAUCAAUACUGAAGCAAAUAGUUUAGGACUACAAAAUGAACAACCUGCUGGCCCUGUUCUAGAUCGUCUCUAUUGGAGAGAGACUGUUCCAAAUCAAGAAGAAUUUAAAAUAGUUGGGAGGGAUAAUGAUAAACUCCAUAUCAUUGAAAUUAUAACCCAAUCAAGAAAAGAAGAAAAACUUAGCGUUGUUCCCAUUGUGGGAAUGGGUGGGAUUGGGAAGACCACUUUGGCUAAGUCGGUCUACAAUGAUAAAAAUAUUGACCCACAUUUUGAUGUAAAAGCGUGGUUGUGUGUGUCGGUUAAUAUCGACAUCAAUACACUUCUUGCAAAGAUCUACGAAUCUUUUGCCAAAAAGAAACCUACCUCGGACUUAAGGACCAAUUUAAUUGAAAGUCUUAAAGUGCAGUUGGCAUCAAAAAGAUAUUUGCUCGUCUUGGAUGACAUUUGGGUCGAAGAGAGGCCAUACUGGGAAGAGUUUAGGAGUUGUAUGCUAAAUGUAAGCUCACAAAAUGGAAGUGGCAUUCUUGUCACUACACGGAAGCUUGAAAUCGGAACUCAUGAUAUGCACAUGGAUUCGUGUCUUUUAAAAGGUCUUUCUGACGAUUAUUGUUGGGACAUCUUCAGAGAAAGAGUGUUUGCUGCAGGCGCUUCAGCGUCCCCGGAACUGGUGAAGAUAGGCCGCGACAUUGUAGAAAAAUGUGGUGGUUUACCAUUGCUAUUAAAUGUAAUAGGUGGCAUGUUAGCACAUUACAAUGACACAGAGAUGUGGUUGUCAAUAAAAAAUAGCAAUGUUUGGGAUCUGGAAGAAGAAAGGGAUAGAGUUCAAAAGAGUUUGGAACUGAGCUUUGAUAAUCUCCCCAAUUCUAUCGCCAAGCAAUGUUUUAUAUAUUGUUCCAUCUUUAAGAAAAAUACGGUCAUGGAAAGGGAAGAAUUGGUCCAACUUUGGAUGGCUUUAGGGUUGGUUCAAGCGGAUGAGGAAAGAAACAAGGAGAUGGAGGAUGUGGGGAAUGAUAUUUUUCAAAUUUUGGUCAGCAAUUCGUUGUUCCAAGAUGUUGAAAGGGAUGAGCUCUAUGGUCACAUCACUCAUUGUAGCAUGCAUGAUCUGGUGCAUGAUCUUUCAUUAUCACUUUCAAAACAUGAAAGCCUACGUCUGGUGGACGUGACAAACGUUGAUAUUGCACAUGUCCCUCAGGUUAAACAUCUUGCUUUUUACCAAGAACAGAACCAGGAAGAUGGACUCAAAGCCAAAGUUUCUACAUUCAUUGAAAGGAAUAAGGUGGCUAGAACUUUGCAUACACUGUUCUUCAAGGGUGAAGUUGAGAAGAAAUUUUCAUUUCAACGAUUAAAGUACAUACGAAUCCUAAAAUUUGAAGGUUGUAAGAUAGAGAAGUUAGACGAUUCAGUUGGAGGGUUGGUGCAUCUCAGGUAUCUUGAUUUGUCGUAUACGGGUAUCCAUGUUCUUCCUGAUUCUAUUGGUAAAUUAUACCACUUGCAAACUCUGAAGUUGCCUGAAGAUAUUGAGCAGUUUCCAGAAACCAUGAGAAAUUUGAUAUGCCUGCGAUAUUUCAUGUCUGACACAGAGAUUCCUGCCAAUAUCGUGGGGCAGUUGAUAUCUCUUCGAAAACUGUCUUCCAUCAAAGUGCUUAGAAGAAAAGGAUAUGGUAUUGAAGAGCUACGCCAUUUAAAUAACCUUACUGGAAGUCUCUCUAUUUCAUAUCUAGAGAACGUCAGUAGCAAAGAGGAUGCUGUCAAAGCAGAUUUAUCUAGAAAAAAAAAUUUAUAUGAGAUUGGAUUCAGUUGGAGUGAGGAUGAUCAAGGUUCUAACAGAGGUGACAAGGAUGUAUUGGAAGGCUUGCAACCCCCUAGAGAUGUGAAAAUCUUGACAUUUAGCAAUUUUUCAGGUGAUAAUUUUGCAGAAUGGGUAAUGAAGAUGGCAAUCAAUAUUGAUGGGGAAGAAACGCCGCUUGACAAGCUCGUGGAGAUCAGAUUAUAUAGAUGUAGGAUCUGCCUCUCUCUUCCGACGCUUGAGCACCUACCACAUCUCCGGAAUCUUUUUUUAUGGAAUAUGGGCAGCUUGAAAUGCUUAAGGAGCUCUGAUGUUAAUGGAUCAACGAAGCCUUUGUCUCCAUCGUUGAGAUCACUUGUGCUAUUUGGUAUGGAAAGACUGGAAAAGUGGAUAGAUGGAGCACCCAACAGCUCAAAAAUGAUCUCGCCUGUCCUCCAUAGCUUGGUCAUUCGUGAGUGCCCAAAGAUUAUCGUCUUAGAUGAAUGCCAUCCCCAUCCUCUUGUUUACUUAGAGAUUAGUGACUGCAAUGGCCUGCUGUCCAUUACGAGCAUACAAGGCCUCACAUCUCUUGAAUCUUUAGUAAUCGGCAAUUGUCCAAGUCUUUCGGUAAUAGCCAAUUUGCCCAAACAGUGUCAUUCUUUGAAGACUUUGUCUAUUAGCCAUUGCGAUAACCUGACUUCCUUGCCUCAUGACAUGUUUGACUGUUUUGCCUUCUUAAAUGAUUUGACACUUGGUCCGUUCUCGAAGGAGCUGGAUUCUUUCCCGAGUCUCCAAGGCAUCCAGAAGUUAAGGAACCACCUUCACUACUUGGACCUCAAAGGUUGGGAUCAUUGGGAGUCAAUUCCAGAAGAAAUACAACACCUCACCUUACUGACUGCGUUAAUCAUAAGUGGAUUUGGAAUGCGAGAACUCCCCAUGUGGUUAACCAACAUGUCAUCUAUCCGACAUUUAAUUUUCCAUGAUUGCAAGGGGAUAAAUAAAGAAACAUGAGUUUCAAUAAUUGCAACGGACUAGAUGAAGAAAAGAUUAGACGGGGGCAAUGUGGGAAGCAACUGAUGUCACACUAAACCAUUCAAAGUGUUAAUUACGUUGUAUCACUCAUUCCUCCUGUUACUCACUAAUAACCUCUCCUCUCACUUUCUCCUCCCUUCUGAUCCAAUUGUACCGAGACAUUUCUCUUGUUCAAUAAGAGAAAAAUACAAAAGAUGUGUAAAAGUCCAAACAGUAAUUUUAUAAAUUCGAUACUUACAUUUUAUACUAAA